UUCAUGAAUGGGGCAUGCAUGAACAUGGACAGAGCGUUCACUAAACAGACAGCGUUGCGUAUGGAAUAAUGGUGUAUUCAGAUUUUGGCAAUCGGAAAAACCUAACUUCAAACCACUGCCAUUGAUAAUUCUCUUGUAUUAUCUCCAAUCAUUGGCGAAGCUUUAUAAAUCUGACGGUCCCCAAGAAACUGACAUGGAAGCUAGGUCAUGAUUCUGCCGCAAAAUGAUUCUCUCCUAGUUUACUUGGAAGAUAUUUUCCAGAAUCCUGGCAAUAAGAGCCCAUAAAUUUUAACAACACUCUGGUGUGAGUUCAUCAGGAGUGUCAGGACUGCACCCAAACCUGCUCACAGCCAGUUAUUCACACUGAUCUUUGCACGGUGGGUCAGAAACUUGGGAAAGGUGAGAGGUAUUGUCAGUUCGCGCCCACAGACAUUCAAAUUAUUUUUUGAAACUGAAGCUACCUGUAUUGAGUGAAACAAAGUCGCUAUAACCCUGAAGACAUGGUGCGAUUCUCUAUGACAGACUGCUAAAUCAAAAGGGAUAAUUUUCCUUAUCUUCAUUUAUUGAACUAUCGUAGAGGAGGCUUUGGACCAAGGCGAAAAAUGUCGAAUCGUUUAACAGGAGAUGCUUCAUUCAGCUCCAGACAGGAACUGCUGAAUUUAAAUGAACCUUGCUUGAGCAUCGAUAAUUUAGAGACUCCAAGUGAUCAAGUAAUCAGUGAGAAAAUACAGUGCAAUGGGACAAAAGUAUACAAUAGUUCUUACCAACAUAAAUCACACCAGAACAAAUCGGAAAAUGAGUGUGGCUGGGGUCUGUUCAAGCCCAAAUGUCUUCAGGUUUUCAACACGCCAAUAGGAAUACUUGUCUUCCUCUGCUGUGCUUCCUUUCUCCAAGGAAUGAUUGUAAAUGGAUUUAUAAAUACUGUAAUUACUUCAAUUGAACGGAGAUUUGACCUACGCAGCUACCACAGUGGAAUGAUUGCCAGCUCCUAUGACAUAGCAGCAUGCAUCUGCCUUCUUUUCGUCAGCUACUUUGGCGGCAGUGGUCAUAAGCCACGAUGGCUCAGCUGGGGGGUACUAAUCAUGGGGUUGGGGUCACUUGUGUUUUCUUUUCCUCACUUUAUUUCUGGUGAUUAUGAAGUGGAUUUAACUGAGGACUCUGGUUUGUGCAACAGUAGUAGAUCUACGGAGUGUCAUGAAGAUUCAUCGAGUUAUUCCAACUACAGGUUUCUGUUCAUGCUUGGACAGUUCCUCCAUGGCAUUGGAGCAACCCCACUGUACACCCUGGGAGUGACCUAUCUUGAUGAAAAUGUCAUGUCAAACCAUGCUCCGGUUUACAUAGGGAUUUUCUACACAGCGGCGAUUAUUGGACCGGCAGCAGGCUACUUACUUGGAGGCUUUUUCCUCCAAAUGUAUACUGAGAUAAACACCAAGGUUAACCUUACCCCAGAGAAUCCCCUGUGGGUUGGGGCAUGGUGGAUCGGAUUCCUUGGAGCUGGAGCGGCAGCAUUCCUCGUAUCUAUCCCAAUCCUUGGUUACCCUCGACAACUUCCAGAGUCCCAACGGUAUAUGGCAAUGAGGGUCUCGGAAGCUCAUCAACUGAAGGAUGGGAGCCAGCAGACUGCACUGGAACCAGAUUUUGGGAAGACAUUAAGAGACUUGCCCAGGUCAGCAUUGCUGUUGCUGAGGAAUCCAACUUUCAUCUUUCUCUGUCUGUCAGGAGCAACUGAGGCGACUCUGAUAGCUGGCAUGUCUACGUUUGGACCCAAGUUCCUUGAAUCCCAGUUUGGUCUGAGUGCCUCUCAAGGUGCAACCCUUUUUGGCUACAUCGUGGUCCCAGCUGGUGGAGGUGGUACAUUCCUCGGUGGAUUUAUCGUGAAUAAAUUAAAACUCCGUUGUGCAGGAAUUAUCAAGUUGUGCAUAAUUUGCACAUUCAUCAGCCUGUUAGCUAUUUUCAUUGUCUCCAUUCACUGCCCUAACAUGCCUGUGGCUGGGAUCACUUCAACUUUCAAUCGCAGUUUUUAUGAUGGUGCAAUCAACAUGACUGCAAGUUGCAAUGCUGAGUGUAACUGUUUAAUGGAAUUGUAUAAUCCAGUUUGCGGAGCAGAUCGUUUAAUGUACUACUCACCUUGUCAUGCUGGAUGCACAGAAUUCAAUUCAACGUUGUCAUCAAAUGGCAGAAAGAUUUUCCACAACUGCCUCUGUGUAAUGGAGAAUCAUCCAACUGGGCUCAGUUAUGCCGAAUCCGGAAAAUGCAAUUCUUCCUGCACACACAUGCCACUAUUCAUGUCUUUCUUUUUUCUUGUAAUUUUAUUCACGUUCUUGAGCAGCAUUCCCGCACUAACAGCAACUCUCAGGUGUGUCCCUGAUAGUCAGCGAUCAUUUGCACUUGGUAUUCAAUGGAUCUUAGUUCGUACUUUAGGAGGAAUCCCAGGCCCAAUUGCGUUUGGCUCAGUUAUUGACAUCUCUUGCCUGUUGUGGCAGGAUCAGUGCACUGAGAGAGGCUCCUGUUAUAUCUACCAAAAUUCAGCCAUGAGUAAAUAUCUCCUGAUUGCUGGAAUAACUUAUAAGGCAGCAGGGACGAUAUUUUUUCUCCUGGCCUUUUUUCUGUACAAGCCACCAGCUUCUACACCCAGUAGUUCAAACAUGGAUAAUGGAGACUCUGAUUCAGACAAGGGUAUUUCACAAAAUACAAUAAAAACAGUAAUGACUUUAUAAUUAACUUGCACUUAAACUGUAUUCAAUGAAAAUUGUAUUCUUGCCAUUCUGCAUUAUUCGAAGUCAUCCACCACACUCAUCUAAGUACCCACAUUUAAAAAAAGACUUUUCAGCUUUUUCAUUUUUCACUUUGUUGAAGUUGGGACUUUUUACAAACUUUUAACACUGCAAAUUUCAUAAAUCAUAUAGGUGCAAAGAGUCCAAGUGUACAAUAAAAAUAGAACCUCUUUAAGGUGAAUAAGUAGUGCCGUUUACCUGCAAACAUUGUACUUGCAUACAGGAAGUCUUCAUCAUAAAUGUUAGUCAUUGCUCUUGACAGGUCUGAAGUCCUCAGGAGGGAUGAUGGUGGGAUGAUGUUCACAACUUUAAACAAUAUAACUGUGCUUCAGGCUUUGUUGGAUAUCUGUAUAGUUGUAAUAUCAUUUAUUUCAGCUGUUUACUUCUCUACAAAGCCCUUUCUAAUUUGGAUAAAUUCUGAAUCGUGUACUUAAUUGUAAAUGACUGAAUAGCUAUAUUACAUGUACAUUUUAACAAUUUUGAUACAAGACAUUAAGACUAAGAUCUUCUUUUCUUUACAAAACCCCAAUUACUUGAGUCUUUGCUCUAAUCUUGGCGUAGUGCACCCACGAGGACCCCAACAACUGACUGUACUUGACUAUACACAACAGAUGGAAUAGUUUGCCUAGUUUUAGAACAUUUCUAUUGCACCACGAUUUAAACACCAGGAAUGUAAAUAGGAUGACAUUAAUUAGAAUGGCUUCCUCACAGCUUGAAGGACCCAGAUUUGAUUCUGAUCUUGAGUGCUGGCUAUGGGGAGUUUGCAUUUUCUCCAUGUGGGUUUUUGCCAGGUGAAAUGGUUUCCUUCCAAAUCCCAAAGAUGUGCUGGUAGAUUAAUUGGCUACAGUAAAUUAUCUCUUAAUGUAGGCAGGAGGCAAAAAUAAUCAAAGGGAAGUUAAUGGCAUGUGAGAGAAAAUAAACUACAGAAAAAUGAGAAGAGGUGGAAUGAGACAGAUGAGAUGGCUCUGUUGGAAGCCAGCAUGGUCUAGAUGGGCCAAAUGUCCUCCUCCCCUGUCAUAAUCAGUAAUUAAGCUUUGAGCAAAUAAAUACAGUUGCUAAAAGAUCAGAAAUCCUGCUAAAUGUUGGUUGAUCAUAAUCUGGCAAUUAGUAAUACAACGUCCUCAAGAAAAGCUCAAAUAUUACAUCCAUUCAAAACUUUAAAAUGAGAUUCUAGCAAAAUGAGAUGGGAAGCCUGCGCUAUCUAUAAAGUGCAAUCCUUUUCUCAUUUUCUUCUUGACUAAUUGUAAGCCCAAGUUGCUGAAAGUGACCAGAAUUGGAGGUUGUGGUGGAGAUGAUGGGCAUGAAAGUAACAGUGUAGCUUCUGUAUUAAUGGUUAUGAGAGCAGUGUACUAGAGGAACACCCUGAGAUCACAUAAGAUCUUUAUUGUGAAGAGAAACGUCAGUCAUGCACUAGAUGUUGACUGUUUGUUCCAGAAUCUCAUGAACUGGAACGUACAUUAUUGGGGGUGUCGGUGGGGGUUUGGGAGUUGGGGAGUUGACAAAGUAUAUCAGGAUGGAAGUAAAGUAAGAGAUUCAGUGUCUUGUGCAUUAUUUAUUAUUAAUUGUUCCUUUUUUUAAAAACAAAAGUGUAUAGAAGAUGCAUAACCUUUAUAUGGCUAACCUUCACCUGGUGUCAGCCACACCCCUACAGACCUCAUUGCACACACAGCUGCCAUUCCUGUGAUUAUCAGCAUAAAGGUGCAAUCUACGACUUUUGUUUAUUAGUCACAAAAAUAUCAAGGAGCAAAAUCUGCAGCAGUUCGGCAAAGAUGCAUGAAUUCAUGGAUUUCCCUUUGUGGCAUCAGUGUUUAACUCCUAGCUGCUGUUAGCCUCAUUUGUCAUUGCAGAAUACAUGCAAAGGUGUCACUCUAUGUUCCCUCAAUAAUUACAUCAUGUCCAUGCUGUGCAUCUCAGUGACCUGCCAGACUAAUCAGCCUGUGCCCUGCAGGAGCUUGGAACAUGGGACUAGAUCAGGGCAUUGGAUCACUUUAGGGGUGGUGGUCAUGCAAAGGAUUUUACCUGCAACCUUUUCCGCAGUUGCUCUGUCGCUGGCAUGGGGAGCAGUCCUUUGAGAACUGAGUGCCUUCCCAGCAAUGAGCACGGGGAAGAUGUGGCAGCCUAAUUGUGUCAGCAAUCCUUGGCAGGAACUGCACAAUUCCUGUUUCAGCAGAGGAAGCAGUGUCCAAAGUGCCAUAAGAUUCCUUUAAAUAUUUUCCCAUAAUUUUACUUUUUUUAAUGCUGUCUGCGUGAGUGUCAGUACCAACCACAGAGGAUGAAGUCCUAUUUCUAGACAACAGUCUCUGCUAAGAUAAUGGAAACAGAUGUUGCAAUUGGCAUGGUUGUAUGCCAUGAUGUAACAUUUUAUAUAUUACAUUUAUAAUAAGGAAUUGAUUAUUAAUCUGCCAUUAAUCUUUAAGGUGUAACUUAUCAUUUAAUCAAAGUUACACAAUAUAGUUACUAUAAUUAGAUAUUUCAGGAUAAGUAGUUGCUAUGUUUUUCUAUUUUACUUUUAAAAGGCACUGUUUUUACCAAUGCAGGGUUAAAGUUUAUCAUCUGCAAUUAGUUAUAAUAAUUUUAAUGUCAGGAUUGUUUAAUAUUCCAAAAGACAUUGAAUUUUCAAAACAAAAUCCAUGCUGAGAUUGAUAGGCAGUUCCAUUGCUUUGAUUUAUUGUAGAUUCCAUGAAAUAGAAAAAUCCUCUGAGGUUGAUUGUUUAAUCUCAUACUACUUAACUCAUCUAAUUUCCCUAGAGUUUGGGAGAAUGAGAAACGUUAUAUAAUUCUUAAUCAGGUUGACAGGAUAACAGCUUGAAAGCAUUUCCUCCAAUUGUGAAAAUGUCUAAUUUAGGGUCACAGCAUCAGAAAAGAACUGAAUUGUUUGUAACAGAGCGGAUAAGAAAUUUCCUCACUCAAGGGGUUACACGUUUUUGGAAUUCUCAAUCCCAGAGGGCUGUGACUGCAAAGUUUUUGGGUAUGUUUUAAGGCAGAAAUAGAACUUUGGAUUCAUAGAGAUUCAAUAGAUGUUGUGAUAACAAAAAAACAGUGGAGUUAAGAUGGAAGAUCAGCUUUUACUUUACUAAAUAACAAAGCAAACUCAAAGAUCCUGUACAUUUACUCCUGCUCCUGUUUCUUAUGUUGCUGUAUGAACCAUUCAGCCAUGUAAAUUUGAUGUAAAUACUCAAACACUCCUGACCACCUUCAUUUGGUCCCAUUGAUAUUUAUAUAUUUCACUGUGUACAGUUUCUAAUUUGCUAGUGAGGAGCUAGAGAUGUGGUUCUGAUAUACUUAAGAAAUCCAAGGCUCACAGAUCUUAUUUGAAUCAGGUGUGUUUAAAACCUAAUUUGCUAAAUCUGGUGGCUCCAGGGAUGUACUUUCCAAUUAAUGUCUCCUUAAGUAUUUGGACAAGUCUGAUAUGCCUUUAGGAGUUCCUUUAGUAGCAGCAAUCUGACUGAAAGAAAAUACAACCUUCAUUCAACAAAGCCUGCUAAAUUGGGAGUUAGCACCAACCAUGGACAAGUAUGUUUAACAGAAGAUCAGGUGAUCAGUUUGACAAUCCACUGAAACCACAAAGCUGGUUAUGCUGAAGGACAAAUUGUUAAGACAGCAUUUUUGAACAGGGCCCUAGAGGAGGUAGAAGAGCUUUUUUUUUAAUCAGGAAAAUUGUUUUUGUAAGGAUGAAGCAUUGCAGUUUUCACGGAAACAUUAAUAUGAUUCCAGGCUGCACACUUCACUGCCUGAAUCUGUAAUUAAACCACCUAAACUUCUCUGGAGUGGCCAGAUUUCUGUCCUUGAUUUUGAUAACUAUAUAUGAAACCUGUUCUGUUACUGAAAUAUUUGAAUUUUUUUGAUUAAGUUCCAUUUUCCAUUUGGAUUACUGAGCAAUUUAAUUGUAAUUUUAAAUUAUUAAAUGUAAAUUGCACAAUGUGGUGACAAAGUUUAAAAGUGCUCAGGGGUCUUCAACCUUUUGGAUACUUCAUAACUUCAUAAACUUCCAUGAGAUGAGAUGUUUUGACCAAAACCAAAGUCCUGAACAUUCACGCGAAUUAUAUAAAAUUUAAGAAUCAGAAGCUAGUACGCAUAUAGAGCUCUUGUGGUGGCUCUAAUCUGAUUCACAGCCAGUCACAAUAAACCAAGAAUAGGUGGUAGGAAAUAAAUUCAAUGAUCUGAGAUUACCCAUUGCUAUUACAAUUGCAGUUAAUCUCAGUAUGGUAAUAUAUGGUAGAAAAACAUGAAGUUAUAUUACUUCUUUUAUGUAUGCUAUAAAUGCAUACAGCUGUCACGUACAACAUUGAGCUAUUUUAGUAAGUUUACAAAGCAAUACAUCCUAUUACCUUGUUUAUUGUAGUAUAUAUUGCUGCUGCAAAGUUGCAAACUUUAUUUCAUAUUAGUGCAGCUUAUCAAAAAGACAGCUCAAAGACUUUGUUCCUCAAAAAAGCACACUAAAAAGGUUGUGUGGGGGACCACCUAUGUAUUAACCUAUGCCAUAUCUAUUUAAAAUGAUUAUUAAGACAAAUUAAUAUUAAUGUUUAUAUUUGCUGAAAGCAUUUUCUGUUUAUUUUUUUAAAAUUAGGUUAUUUCUUAUGAGUUGGUAUUUUGUUUUGAAAAAAUUCUUAAUGCAGAGUAUGGAAACAAAAUGGUCUGUGCAAAGAGAUAUUUUAAGAAUUAUUGCAAUACAAUUUGGAAUUGCUGAAUAUAUUUAGCAUAUCAUAUUUAUUUCAUGGCAUAAAUUAUAUUUAGAAUUAAUGCAGAAUGAAUUGUGUUAUCCUGCUGAAUUAAUAUUCACACUAAAGUCAGUAUAAUCUCUUCAACCAUUAAACUGAGUUGAUUGCUAUAAAUGCUGAAUAAAUUUGAAAUGUUUUAUUGUUGACCAAACUGAUGGUGAUAGACAAAUUACAGCCAACUGUCUAUAUGAGGCUCGUAUAAUAAUCUUAAUGCCCAUGGAAAAGUUGGUUAUAACACUUUAUUAUAUACCUUUCUUAUUAUUUGCUUAUCUGGCCUCACCCCCUCCCCAAGCUUGCCAAGCUCACCCACUGUUCCCCCAACCUAAUACCUGACAUCAAUACCACUUCACCCCUAACCCUAAUUGUGACCUGACCACCAAUCCCAGCUCACCUCUCUCCAACCCCGCAACAUCAUCAAAGUAACAGGGUUGGAGUGGACCUUGAUCGCAAGUUUCCAUCCACAUCAACCCCCUUAACCCCAAAAUUUGGUCUGGAUUUACCGGAUUUCAUUCAAUUGAUAAAGCAUGCAAGAGCUGAUUUUGCAGGACCUGUUCAGCAGCACAAAAUGACUGCGGCCUCAUGCACUACUGAAUUUUACAGCAACUUGUUGCUUGUAGCCCCAUUGCACUGUGACCAUUUGUUCUUUGCCACAAAAAUAUGACAGCAAUGUAGCACAAUUAACUUUACAGCAAGAUGUGCAGGUGUCAGUAGUUAAGUGUUUUUACACAAUAGAUGCAACAGCACACUUAAUGUUAUUGAAGAAAAAUAAAAGAAUAUUUGUACAUCCUGAUGUAUAUGUGAAUCUGGAUAGUCAGAAGUAUUUUGUAAAUUUGUUAUACAAUUGUCUAUGUAUUUUCACUGGGAAAGUUUUGAUACCAUGUUGAAACAGAAUUGUGGACAAUUUCCUGUGCAUUGAUUAUGUGGUCACCUGUUGGAAAGUCUUUUAACCUGCCUAAUAAGGGUUGUGUGUUUUCACAUCCUUUUCUUUAAUUGGAAAUGUUUAAAUUGGAAUGGAUAGACUUGCAAGAUUUUUGUAACUGUCAAUCAAUGUAUA